CCUCUGCCUCCUCGAUCAGUCGACCCCGUGCAACGCGGCAUGCCGGCCGCCGCGUGAUACUGCGUCCAUAUAUGUGAUGCGUCCGUCGUGAAAGCCCGCCGGAAUCGUAAAGUCAAAAUCGUAAUUUUCAGCGUUUAUUAUCGGGAAACAAAGAGAAAAUAAGAAUACUCUACGAGGAGUGACGCCAAGUUACUUCUGAAAACGACAUACUUUAAAGGGAGGGGGGUAAAAAGAGGGACGAAUAAAAGCGGAAACGAUUUUGAGAGAUAAAAAUAACUUCUACAAAAUAAUAUUUUUACGAUACUUUUUGGCAAAUUGGCGUAGUUUAAACAACAUUUUUUUUUUAGACCGAUAUCAGAUGUAGACGUAGAGAGCGAUAAAAAUAUGGAGAGUGUCUUUUUACGGAGUGGCAAAGUUUUUCUCCGCUAAAAAGCAACACACAAAGUGCAUUGAGUGCAGCUUGAACAAGAUCGACUAUUCUUAAGGAAACUCUAUCCUUCAAAAUCUCCUUACUCUUGGUCAAAGAAUCACUCUUCUGGAGUAUUCCCCAUCCGAUAUCGCGAUCGUCCCGAUGCACCGCAUGCAUAAGAGGAAACUCCUUCUUAGACGAAGACGGUAACAAGGAGAGAUAUCGCGAGAGACAACGCUCGGAGCGUUUCUCUUUCUCUCUCUCUCUCUCUCUCUCUCUUGGAAAUCUGACAGGACUCUGAGAGGGUGUGUCGAGUGAAAACUCGACGGGCUCAUUAUAUCACGUAAAGACGCUCGCGAGGGUCGUAGUGCCACACACGAGUGUGCUCCGAUGGACAAAUAGCACGUUAUUUCCAUUAUUCAGAAGACAAAGGAAAGAAAACUUGUUUCGAAGAGGGGAAAGACGAUCAAGACGUCAAUCUUUCGGCAAUUCGAUUAGGAAAAGAGGGAAAUUUAGGAUCCGGUCCGAUCAUGAGUUUAUGGAUGAACUGUCCGUCCUCGUUGCUGCUGUUGCUGCUAGGCUUGAGUCUACACAGCGCGUGCAUCACGCGAGCGAAUGGUCAACACGGAGCGAGUGGUCAACAACAGGAAGGGGGUAGCAGUCACGAUUCUUUAGUGGUGGAGACUACCAGCGGGCUGAUGCGUGGUUUCUCUCGCACGGUGCUCGACCGCGAGGUUCACGCGUUCUACGGGGUGCCGUUCGCGAAGCCUCCGGUCGGACCUUUGCGAUUUCGCAAGCCGCUGCCGAUCGAGCCCUGGCAUGGGAUCCUGAACGCUACCACCUUGCCCAAUAGCUGCUACCAAGAACGCUACGAAUACUUUCCUGGCUUCGAGGGUGAGGAGAUGUGGAAUCCAAACACCAACAUCUCCGAGGAUUGUCUCUAUCUCAACAUCUGGGUGCCGCAAAAGUUGCGUCUACGUCACAAGGAAUCGCCGGAUAACGUCGGUAACAACGGCAUGGCGAUAUUGGUAUGGGUGUACGGCGGCGGCUUCAUGAGCGGCACCGCCACCCUCGACGUCUACGAUGCCGACCUUAUGGCGGCGGCCGGUAACGCGAUCAUCGCUUCGAUACAGUAUCGAGUCGGCGCUUUUGGCUUUCUCUACCUCAAUCAGCACUUUGCCAAUAGCGAGGAGGCGCCGGGCAACAUGGGCCUCUGGGACCAAGCCCUGGCACUCAAAUGGCUCCGUGAAAACGCGCGCGUCUUUGGCGGCGAUCCCGACUUGAUCACCAUCUUUGGCGAAUCCGCGGGUGGUAGCUCGGUAUCCCUACAUCUCAUCUCGCCGGUCACGCAAGGUCUAGUGCGCCGGGGUAUCCUUCAAAGUGGCACUCUCAACGCUCCGUGGAGUUACAUGACCGGCGAGAAAGCGAACGAGGUGGCUCGAGUGCUGGUGGACGAUUGCGGAUGCAACUCAACGAUGCUCCAAGAGAAUCCGGCGCGAGUUAUGGCCUGCAUGAGGUCGGUGGACGCGAAAACCCUCUCCGUGCAGCAGUGGAACAGUUAUUGGGGCAUCCUCGGCUUCCCCUCGGCGCCCACCAUCGACGGGGUCUUCCUGCCCAAGGAUCCGUUGGACUUGGUCAGGGAAGCGGAUUUCAAAGAUACCGAGAUCCUCAUUGGAAACAACGAGAACGAAGCUCUCACCAUUUUUCUUGGCCAUUUGUCGAAGCAACAGUCUCAAGGAACGUAUUUUAUCCUGUACGACUUUAUUGACUUCUUCGAGAAAGAUCAAGCCAGUUUUCUGGAGCGAGAUAAGUUUCUCAACAUCAUCAAUACUAUCUUCAAGAAUAUGUCGCAAAUUGAGCGCGAAGCCAUCAUUUUUCAAUAUACCGAUUGGGAUCGGGUGAAUGAUGGUUAUCAAAAUCAAAGAGCGAUAGCGGACAUCGUGGGCGAUUAUUUUUUUAUCUGCCCAUCCACACAUUUUUCGCAAUUAUUUGCAGAUCGCGGCAUGAAGGUCUACUACUACUUUUUCACGCAGAGGACAAGUACGAAUGUAUGGGGCGAAUGGAUGGGCGUGAUGCACGGUGACGAAGUGGAGUACGUCUUUGGGCAUCCUUUGAAUAAGUCUCUAGAAUACACUGACGAGGAACGAGAUCUGUCUUUAAGAAUGAUUCACUACUUCUCUCGAUUUGCAUACACAGGAAUGCCAACAGUAACUGAAUCCGAGUGGCCACCUUAUACAAGAGAUCAUCCAAAGUAUUUUAUUUGGAAUGCUGAAAAAAGUGGGUUUGGUAGAGGUCCUCGCACAACAGCUUGUGCAUUUUGGAACGAGUUUCUACCACGUCUAAAAGGGGUUCCAGAUCCCACACCCGAAGCAUGUAAGAGCGCAAUGGCGUCAAGCGUUUCUGCGGGUGUCGGCGGACUGUGUGGUUCAUCAACCAUCAUAUCCAUCCUCUUACUUCCGGUGCUGGUAGUAUAUAGAUUCAUAUAAGCGGUCACUCAUCUAUCGGUCGACAAACCCUUUUCAUGGCUGGCAGGUACCUGACUGGGCAGAAAAGUUCCAUCGGCGCUACCGUCCGACAAACAGGUCCUAUAAUGAGCGUUGUUUACGCUUCAGGGUCGCAUUAGCGGUCGUCAACCAUUCGUAGAUCGAUAGGUCGCCGUAGGACGUAUGCUACCGUCGUAUAGCAAUAGUCCGUCUUCACUGUGUCGUUAUGUCACCGGCACUGGUAGCACAGCGCGCGACGUUUGCGAAUGAUAAUCAGAUGCUCCGCGUCUCGCGACGUGGUGCAUUCGCCGUUUCGAGGUAGUAGCCAUAGAUUUAUACCACGCUGUGCGCGCGAUCCACGACUGAAGAGACAAAAGAUACUCUCGGCAACUACCCGAGAGAUCCUGAGGGAUCCCGACGAUCGACUUUUGCACAAGUCGAUUUGCACUUGUUCGGCGUAUUCAUCGAUCUGGUUCCGGCUUAGUCUUAGGCCCUAGUUCUUUUUCGCAUUUUUCUUAUCCCCUGCAAUUCGCUCUCGUCGAUAAAUCCCUUCAUUCAAUCUUAUUUCUACGUCAUCGGAUUGAUAACUCGAGAUAAUGUAAAAUAUGUAUACGUAACUAUCCUGGCAAGCUCGCGGAAAUUUAUUUUGCAAUCUCAUUACAAAUAUUUUUCUGAAAGUAAACUUUUACAAUAAACAGUACACACUCUAAAUACAAUUAUCGGUGGCGAUUGACCCAAGAGUUUUCUGAUGAGUUGAUUGUGAGAAAUGUGUGUGUGUGUGUGUGUGUGUGUGUGUGUGUGUGUGUGUGUGUGUGUGUGUGUGUGUGUGUGUGUGUGUGUGUGUGUGGGGGGGGGGGCAUUUGCAAGUGCCAACAAUGCAAUACAAAUGAAUAAAAGAUAUUGUCAUGUUUUGUAUAGACGCGAGACGAUAUCUCUCCAAGAGAGCUACUUACAUACCAUACCAUACCAUACGAUAUCAUUAAAUGGAUGAUCGUUAUUAUUCGUUAUUCGACAGAUAUUCGUAACAAAGGUUAAUGGCGAUCUAUCUUGAUCUCGCGGCUAAUAUACAACACUUGAUGAGUUAUGUUAUUGACGACAGAGCGUGACAUAUAAUUUCAAGAUUUCAAAGUCAAGUGAACUCAACGAUCAAAUUAAACGCAAAAAUUCAAUUUCCAUCAAAUACGGACGGCAAUAAACUCGGUAAUAUACAUAUUUGUAACGGGUUCGUAAGAUAAGCUCUGUAAUAACAGUGCGAACAAUCUCUUCGUUCGAUCAGUUGUAAGAAACCAGCUGCUACCAGUGCAACAUCUUGUAAUAUAUUUGAUUUCUUACAAUUAAUUUGUAAUCGAUCAAGUUUUAUAUGCAAUAUCAAUUUCAGAGCAGAAAGCGAAAGAUGAAAGAGAAUGAUGAAGAUAAUAAAUAAACGAAGCGUAGCUAAAGUGAAGUAACCGGUAUGGAAGGGCGCGGUUAUUAACUCUGAACUCAGUAAGCUGGAAAUCGAAUGAUUAAUAACACGUCGCGAUUUUUACCGUCAGCGUCAAUCGCGCGCGCGCACGCAAGAGAGAGAGAGAGAGAGAGAGAGAGAGAGAGAGAGAGAGAGACUCUCUUAGAGAGGUCUUUGACAACUCAUCUUGCUUUUGAUAAAGAAUCGUUGAAAUUAAAUUAAGUCGGUGAAGCAAAAUUAAAUGCAUAUCUUGAAUUAAAAUAAGUGUUUUACAAUCAGCUGAUUAUAUCAGUUAUAUCUACGUCUGACAAUAUAUUGAUGAUAAAAAAUGAUUCCAAAGAUUUGACGAAUAUUUCAAUAUUUAGUAAUUGAAUAUUUUGCAAAAUAUAUAUGAAUUUAAAUCUUGAGAAAGUAUGAUCCAUUAUCAAUUAUAUAUUGAAUAUUUACAAUAAAUAAGUAAUUUCCUUGCAAAAGAAACAAAAUGAAAUUUUUUAAAAAGUAUAAAUAUAUUAACUCACGUCGCAAAGAACAAAAACACCCAUCAACUUUAUUAGCAUAUUAUAUAGUCUUUAUAUUAUUAAAUUAAGUCCUCAAACAUUAUAAAGAGAUAAUAUUAAUUCAAAUAUUUGUCUUUAAUAGUUAUUUUAAGAAGAAUGAUAGUAUCGUAUUCUCACUAUUCGAUAAUCUAACAACAAAUUAUUUUUAUAUCUUUUAAAAUCACUUGAAGACCUAAUAGAUAAUAAUAAUAAUAAUAAUAAUAAUAAUAAUAAUAAUGAUCUGCUAAUCGUAAUUACUGCACAAACUAUCGGCCUUAAAAAAUGUCUUUUUGUAUAUAUUUAUUUGCAAAUAUUUAAAUUUAAUAAAAUCAAUGAAAGAAGAUCAAUAAGUUCAAGUCAACUGAUGUGUUUUACGUGAAAAGUUAUAUUUUUAUCUGAUUGUUUAACGGCUUUGUAAUAAAUUUUAUUUUGCUUUUUAUAAAUUAUUACCAAAUAAAAAAAGUGUACGCGUGUGCGUGCAUACGUAUGCGUGUGCGUAUACUCGUGCGUGUAUAUAUACUUGAGAGCAACUUUACUUUUAUCUCGUAAAAAUGGAAGAUUAAUAUAUUCCAAAAAUUAUAAAACAUGUAUAUUUAACUAUAAAAUACAACACUAAUUAAAAUUCAAAAUUUUUAAUUUUUACAUGAUCAAACGGACGUAAGAUUUUUAAUAAUUAAUAUGCAUCUUGUAUAAAGGGCGAGAUAAUUAUUCAACUGUUUGACAUUUUGUAAAGAUGUUCAUUCUCCAUUCUUCAUAAUUCAUACAAUGUAUCGCCAUAAAAUUAAAUAAGUCAUUUGCUACAAUAAUACAAUACAUUCUAAAACUAAAUAAAUUGCAGAUAAAAACAAAAAUAAUAUUUAUCAUACAAGAUUUCAGUUACUCAAUAAUUAUAACAAUUUAGUAUUUAUCGCUUAAUUGUACGUUAUCCAUUAAUUUAACCGAUCCAAUUGCAUGAUUGAAUUAAUGAAGAUAUCACCCAACCGAGAACAUUCAUUUUAACAUUCAUACCUUAUAGCCAGUGUGAAAAGAAACGAAUAAUAUAGUAUACAAUAUGCUCUUGCCCAAGGUAAGACCGAAUAUCAAGGAUUUAACGAUGAAGCAAUUUAACGCUGAAGCAGACCCCGUGCUCCGAAAAGCUUAAGAGUACCUCUCGGCAAAAAAUAAAACAAAAAAUUGAUGAGAUCUUUAGACCUAUGUGCACUAUGCUUAGUUUUGAAUUGAAAAAUAAAACUAACAAAUAUCGAUGUAUUUCCGCGAAUCUUGAAUAUUGUUUUUUAAAAGCAUAUAUGCUACAUAAAUAUAUGCUACUUGUGCAGAAUUGGACAAAUUUGCCUAUCGUAUAUACUAUUGUGGUGAAAAAGUUUUGUAAAAGGAAACUGUAAUAUACGGAAGUGGAAUUUGACUUAUUUGACACCGGAUUACGAACUUGGUUUGCCGUUAUCACUUUCCGAUUUUACAUACGAGAGCAGCUCGUUUAACCACCACGUUGUGAUUGACAGUCACUCACAAUGGCCGCGGUAUCUAAAAUUUUUCCACUGCUCUAGCACUGUAAAUGGUCGAAAGUCAAUCGGAACGCGGUCAAAAAAUUCUCCCACCUUUUCAUGCAGAUCGAAGACCUUGAAGUUAAUUUUGCGCAUUUGUUGGAGAAAAUUUAAAAUUGCAUGAUUGACCGCACGAUUGAUAAUUCGGUCGAUGUGCAUUAUACAAUAAAUCGUGAUUUGUUGAGGAGAUGUCAAAAGGAGGAGAUCCGGAAUCAAAGCUUGGUUUAUCUUGGUGUUAUUACAGACGACGUUUCAAACUAUUAUUUCGGAUAAGAUAAUGGAGGUAGUGAGCCGAGUGCGGCACGUCAUUCUCGAUAUAAAUACGCUCGGGUUUAAAAGUUACUAGUGUAAAGGAACAUUAAGACUCUUAAUACACACACUUUUAAUGCUCCUUCACGCUAAAAAUAAUAAAUUUGCAUAAUUUAUUAAUAAAUUAGCUAUAUAUAUUAGCAAUAUGCUUAUAUUAUAUUAAUUUUCCAAAUUAUAAUAUAUAUCAUAAAUGCGCGGUAUGCGGUAAACUGCAAAUAUCAUUGUACACGUAAGUGCAUUCACAAUUCGUACAUGAUUGGUAUUCAAACUAUCAUGUAGAUUAAUAAAUUUCAAAUUAGACAGUUCACUUGCACCAAUUAUUUUUUAUGAAAAAAUAGGCAAGUACAAUUGCAAAAUAGAAAGAUGAUAAUUUGGCAAAGCUAAUGACGAUUAUUUAUGCAUAAAAGAUAAAAAUUUGAAAUUUAUGCUGUUACGAAUGUUAAUUCUUUUUAAUGGAGAUUGAACAUUUGCAAGAGAAUGAUGAUUGUUUUGCGCGAGAAAAUGGAAGGAAAAAAAAAAACGACAGGAUGACUCACGUGAAAUACAACAUCAUAUAUUUUUAACACGUUUUACACCCGAAAUUUUAGUCAAUAAUAUAAAUUAGUGAGGCAAGGAAAUGUGACGGAAAUACUUGCGAUGAAAAUGCUAUUAAGAUGAGGAUAUAAAAAAAAAGAAUACAAGAUUAUGUCUGUUGAAGAUUAUAUCUAUUGUUUAAACAAUGAGAACGACAGCGAAAGCGGUAUCGUUUUUGUGUGACGCGUACAAAAGCAAAAUCUGCAAAAAAAGUAUAUGUAUAAUAUAUGUAUAUGUAUAAUAUAACACGUAUGAAUGAGCUAAAGAUGACUGUAGCAUGAUUGUAUACGCGCGCGCGCGUUGUAUAUACGUAUGUGUACGUGCGUGCGUGCGUGCGUGCGUGCGUGCGUGCUUCUGUGUGCACGCGUAUGCGAGAGAUAAAAUUUAACUACAUGUUUAAGUUAUAAUAGCGAUAAUAUUUGGUAAAACACAAUUCGGAAAAACCUCUAGUGAGUUGCAAGUUAAGUCUUGAGCAUUCGAUCUUACUUUUUGCGUUCUUCAAAUGUUAAAAUCUGGCGAUUGAUUAAGCGAUACGUGAAUUAUCAUACGCAAUUAGCAAUAUUGUUUGAUCCCAUAAUUGAUUAAUUGUUAUAGUUCCCGCAAAUUCAUCUGCGGGAUUUAUGUGAAAAUAUUAGUUUUGUCCUUAAAUUAAAAAAAAAUGCUACAUUUUUGUAUAAGAUGAAAGGGUAUUUGCGCGCAAUUAUUAAGUUAUAUGGUCACAGUUAGGACUAUAAAACUUCAAAUGUAAGCUUGUAUUGCGACAAGUUAGUAGUAGAGAGAUUUGCUCAUGAUUCUCACGUCAUUGUAUUUACAUAUGCGUAUGACGUAUGUACAGGGUGUCCUAUAUGAAUUAAUCUAUAUCAAAGUAUGCGGUAUAUAUGUUGUAUAAAAGAAAAUUAGGUAAGAAGCAAAAAUGAUUAAAGAAGCGUCAUUAUGACAGACAUUGUAAAACACUUCAUAUGUAUCGAUAUUCAACUUUGGUUUGGAUAUUUAUUUAAAAUACCAUAGAUAUAUAAUCCUUUUGUAAGUUUGCGCAUAGUCCAUUUCAACAUAACAACAAAAAUACAAUAUAUAUUAAUUUUGGCUUACAUAUCUACGAGUAAAAUGUGCUCUGACAUAUUUCAGGAAAUGAGAGCUCGUUGACUUAAUUCAACGCACGUGUCAAGUUUAUACGAGUUACAUUGCAGCUUCAUCUGUAAGAGAAAUUUAAUUUGAUGCUAGAAAUUUUGGAAGGAAAAUUUUAUUUUGUUUUGUGCUUCUGGUAGCGGCACUAGAAAUUAUGUUGCUCUAUUAUUUGUCAGUUUGCGCGUUGCUAUUUUAUUCAAACAUCUUGCAUGUUCGCGUCGCGUUUAUAUCUGAAUGAAUUGAAUGUCUUUGUUUUGUGAUUUGAAAUAGAUAUCUUGUGUAUAGAUUUCUCGAGUAAAAGAAUAUUAUUUAGGACAAGUAUUAUAUAUUGUAACUCUUUCAAAAUAUCUUGCUUUAUAAUUUGCUUUUUUCAGCUCCUAAAUAUAUUCUUUCCCUCUCUCUUCCUAUGCACAUCUCAAGUUUUCAAAAUGCUUUCUGUAAAUAUUAUUUACACUAACAUUAUUAAUCUACUAAUUGGUUACGUAUUACGUAUUAGAGACAUAUUACUUAUUAAAGAUCGUAAUAAUAAACGUAAUAAGAUCGCGCAUAAGUAGAGGAGAAGGUAGAUAUUACGACCACUCCUAUUAUUUCUCCUGUCAUUAAGUGACGAAUUGCUAAUUAUUUAUAGAAUCAUUUGUUUGGUAGUCUGCGCUUAUGUAGUAGCGCUAUUAAGUCAAAUAUACAAUAAUCGGCUAUUGUCAUAAGACAUUUUUACUUUUGAAAUUUUUUCAAGUUACAUUUUAACACUUAAUUACACAUACUUUCUCAUUGUUUUAAACUUGAGCGUAUUAUCACACGAAUGAAUGUACAUUCGAGUAUUUCUUUUGUAAUUUAAUUUUCUCCUCGGCUGUAUAUACUUCAAGCUAUCAUUUAGCAUAAUUUAUGCUAAAUUAUUCAGUGGUAUAGCAUUUUAAGUUAGUAUGGCUGUCCGUGCUCGUAAUGUGGCUAUUACCGAGAUUUUCAUAUCGUAUUAUUUCUUCGAUAAAUCGAUUAUCACUCUAGAGGGCUUGAUUUUUCAAAAAUAUUAGAGAUAUUAUUUUAGGUUUGUUGCUUACCGAAUGUUAAACAAGGAUAAAAUAAAAGGAUACUCGGAUGCAUCUGAUGACUUCAUGCAGAACAAUUUACGAUCAACGUCAAAAUAAUAAUAAAGCGUGAAUCGUAAAAGUGAUUGAUUGAAAGGUGACUUUUAAUAAUCAUUUUACAGUCAUUUUGACAUUAUUUUGAUGUCGUGAUGACUUUUUGUCCUGUUAUAGAGACAGAUUUUUAGUAUCGAUAAUAGGAAGAUUAUGUGUAAAUGCGUAAAAUUUUGUAAUAUUUUAUGUUUCUUUUAGAUAGAACUGUUAACUAAAAGUCUAAAAGUUUGUUUUGUGAAAACUGUCCUUUAGACAUUUUGUGAUUUAUUUUAUAAUUACAUUAAGUCAGAGCAUGUAUCUCUAUCUUAAAACUGAUAUGGUAGUUCUUUUUAAUAAUUUAAUUUUAAAAAAUAUACAAUUUUGUAACAAAUAUUGUAUAUUUUUUAAAAGUAAGUUGUUAAAAUAUUAAAUUUGUUUUUUAACUAAAUUAAUUUUUUAAAUUAAUUCUUGGCUAGCCAUAAUAUUACUACUACUUUUCUUCUUCCACCGAUUAUGCAGUACAUUGCAUUUUUAUAAAGCACAUCCUAAGUCAACCUAAGUAAUAAAAAAAUUCAUAAUUUUGAGUUUAGAAUCUAUUAAAUAACAUUUUGAUGAAUAUUAUAUUGGAUUACAAUAUAUGUAUAAUGUAAUGUUGUUUUUAAUAUUACAAUAUUUAUAAAUGUAUAAUUUGUUAUUUGUGCUACACAAAUGUUAACUUUUUAGUCAUAAUUUUUAAUAACACUAAUUUGUAUAUUUGUGCGUAUUCGAUGAUUUAUUACGAAACGUGGCUAAUUAAUUGUUUUACUUGUUUCUCAAUUGGCAUUUUCUUAAUGUAAUUCACGUGCGAAUAUUUUCUCUACACAACCUGAAAUAUUUCAGAGUCCAUUUAUGACAUGCGUUACUUAUGGAUAUAUACAUAUUAUACAAAAUUAUUCAAUGAUAAUUUGUGAACAAAUGAGCUAAUUGUUAAACAAGUACUUCUUUAGUGCGGUCUAAAUUUUACUAUAAUUUAUAAAAAAAUAAGACGUAUCGGAAAUACGAUUCUUCCAUUUCUUACAUAUCAUCUAUAUAGAAUAUAUGUAGAUGCGAGUCAUGUGUAUGGCAAGAAGGGGAGAUAUGUAUGCGCAUAAAUGUGUAUAUCAACAUCAUUUGCAGGGAUUAUUAAUGGACAAUUGCAAUCGAUGAGACUCCAUCUACCAAUCGCUAAUUAAAAGAUAAAAAAAAAGAAUUGAAAGAAAAAGAAAAAGAGAAAAACACACAUUAUUCCUAUACAUUUAAAAAGUGAUUAUAAUAAUUCGAAAUUUCAUUCUCCUAUAUUUAAUGAACAAAGCUUUGAUGUUACUAUAUUAUUUAGGAAGCUAAGACCAAGGAGCGGUAUUUAUCUAACAAUACCAAGAGAAAUAUGGAAACGCGUUUGUAAAUUGUUGUAUUGUAUUACUUGUACUACUUGAUUUAGCUAUAUAUGUCAUUAUUAUUAUCUUGAGCUUUCUACCAUGUGUAUAAAGCGCAUAAGAAAAAAAAAUUCUUUUAUUACAAUAUUAAGAAAGAGGAAAGAAAGGGGAGAAGGUAGAGAAGAAGAAAAUAAAGAGUUAUUUACAUGUAUUACGUCAUUGCGUUUCUAAUAUCGAUAGUAUUCAUAAUUUAUGCAUUUUUACGCUAUCCAUUUUCAAACUUUUCAUGAAAACAAUUUGUCUAUUUAUAUAUGAAUUUGUCAUUUUAUAUUUGAAAUUAUCCCCGAUUUAUAAUACGAUCCGCAUAGCACUUGAUCUAUAAAAGGAUGGAAAUUUUUACAAUAGAAAAUACUUGUAAUUUUACAUAGCAAAGAAUGAUGUAUAGAACUUGCAUGAUGAACUUGUGCGACAACUACGUUAUAUCGCAGCAAAAUCGAUAAUCGCGCAUCGACCAGCCCAUUUUUCAGAAUUUGUCCUUUUUGAGCACCUUAAUGCCCACCAAAGAGCGAGUUACGAGCAAUUUACGCGCGGCGGAUGCACCGCCAUUAAAUCGUUCCCUUGAAAUCCAGUGAUGGAUCACAAAGGCAUGACCUCAUUUCCCUCCGAUGGCACUGUCGGGAGUACCAGGUGCACCUGCACAACUUUGUCACUCUGAUGAGCAAUCUGUCGCCACGUUCUUGCAUCAACGAAUAAUACGACUAGAGAUACCGAGCGAAUUUAAUUGCACCGACGCGGAUGUAUCUAAUAAAAAUUAUAUUCAAGUCUUUAAUAUCGAAAAACCGAUUUUUAGACUUUUUGAACGGAAAACCGCUCGAAUUUGUUGAUGAAACGAGAGAUUAUUACAAUAAUGAGCUUUCGAUCAUACAAUUCAAGUGAUAAUAUACAUAUAUAGCACAUAAAGAGAUAGAUUAUUAAUAAAGAAAGAUAUACUGUUUAUACAUAAAAAAAAGAGAAGAAUUCUAUUCGUGACUAAUGUUAUGCAGGUAAUUCACAAUUUUAAUAAUAUACAAUAUAUUGAAUAUUUUUUGAGAAACGGUUUGAAAUUCUCUGAUUGAUGUAUACGUUUGAUCGUCUUGUUAAAAAAACAUUAAAAAAUAUUGAUGCACCUAUUAUAAUUUCAACGUUAAGCUAUCAAGAAUUAAGAGAUUUCUAUCAUGUAAAUUAUGCUUUAAAGGAAAACAUUAACAACAAAUUCUUUCUAUCAUACGCUUCGUUUCAACCGUUAUUGAUUUUAUUUCACAAUAAAAUAUUUUUACGUAAUCAAUUAUGUAAUUACAGUAUAUUUUAUUGUAUAUUAAUACCCCGAAAAUGUGCACGCAAUUAUAUUAUAUAAUAUUAUAGUCCUAUUUAAUUAUAAAGAAAGGAAAAUUAUAAUCGAUAAAUCCAAUUAAGGAAUACGCGACGAAAAAUUAUGGAAUAUAAUGUAUAAAGAUAUACAUUUCGCAGUGUAUAUUCAAACGCAUGAAAGAAGUAAAGAAAGAGAAAUAAUGACACACAACACACACACACACACACACACACACACACACACACACACACACACACACACACACACACACACACACACACACACACACACACGUACACACAUAUGUAUGCGUUAAUCUCGGAAUAAGAUAAUGUUAAUGUUAAUAGACUGUGUAGCCUUCAACACAUACACACAUAAUGAAAAAUUAACAUGUCCUCAUACAUAUCAUUAGAUAGUUCUUCAUUCAUAGAAGUGUUUCAUGAAAUUAACUUUAGAAUCAGUGCCUCGUCGAACGAUAUUCGAGGAUCAGUUGUGUAGGAUGACAUACGAAUAUUAUACUUUAUUACUUAUCUGUAAUAAGAUCCGUAAGACGGAUUUUAUAAAUUUUACAAAAUUUCAUAUCAUUUGAAAAACAGUAUAUCAUAAACAGUGUUUUCCACAAAUUAUACAUGUUACCUGCAAUCAGUUGAAAAAUUGGUUAUAAUUUGUUACAAUAAAACAAUGUUUCAAAACAUUAUCAAAAGUAUUCAAAUUUAAAAAAUUUCUUCGCAUUUACGAAACAAACAAAGAUAAUUUUGUGUUUAAAAAAUGAUGAAUAUAACUUGUUAGUUAGAGAGAGAGAGCGUCAUUAGAGGUACAUUAGAUAGCUUGUUACCGUUUUAUCUUUAGCUCUUCUGUCGAUGUUCUUUAUUUAUUGUAUAGGGCAUAGGGCAGUUUACGAUCAUACAAAUAUUAAUAAUUUCUCUCUUUCCCUUUCUCUCUCUCUUUCUUGUUUUUUUAAUAUUACUACAUUGAAUACAAUACUAAAAUAUUAUAUUUAUUAUUUAGUUAAAGAGGAUAUCCUCUCUCUAUGUAUAAAAAUUCUUUAAUAUAAAUUGAUAUAUUACACGUUAAUUAAAAUAACAAUUAUUUUUUAAGGCAAAUUUGACAAACCCAAUUAUAUGUAUCAUUCAUAAUCUUCAUUUACAAUGAAGAUGUGAUCGGAACAAAAUUUACAAAAUUAAUUUUAUAUUUAAAUAUUAUUUGAUUGAUUUUAAUAUUCAACUUAUUUAUCUCUAUUUCAAACAGAUUGUUCCUACUCAAGUAACAAAAUAAAAUUAGUAAAUUGUAUGCGAUGUAUUGAAAUUAUAAAUGUUCUGUAUUUUUGUGUAAAAUUUAAGUAGGAUAAAAAGAUCGCUUCUAUUCGACGUUCAAAUAACAUACAUAUCGGACAUCAGUGAGAUAAAAAGAUAGAGACAAACAUAGAGUUAAAAAUAGACAUGGAGAUAUAAAUAGAAAUAAAAAUAGGAAGAGUAUGAGCAAAUGUGUAAAAAGUGUGUGAAUAUGCGUGCGCGAGUGUGUAUAUAUUAUAUAUAUAUAUAUAUAUAUAUAUAUAUACACACACAUGUGUAAGGCCAGAGGGGGGAGAGAAAAAAGAAAAGAGAGAAGGAAAAAAAAUUAAAAAGAGAAUCGAAUAUACAUAUAUGUAUAUAAGAUGCAUCUUGCGUACAUUAAUUUGGUAGUGGUUGGUUCAGUUACAUGUACGUACAAUGUUGUAGGUCUCCCGUUGCUCUGAUAGUUUAAACUUUUGCUUUAUCUAGCGCAAAAAAAUAUUAAUUUUAUAAAAAAUGGAAUUAGAUAUUUAAAAUUAUAAAUAAUUUGUACAAAGUUUUAAAAAAGCAAUUUAAAACUUUGCAGGAUUAUAGUACUCACUAAUUCGAAUAAAAAUGCAUCCAUAUUAAUCUGCAAAGUAAAUCUUUCCAGCAUAAAUAGCAAUCUUAUUUUUGAACAUAUCAAGUUAUUUAAUCGCAUUUAUUUGGCACUUGUAUGAAAAUAUAAAGCUAUCUUAUUGUAAUAUCGUAAUACUUUGAUAUUGUAAAUGCUCGUUGCUUAAACCAUCAAACAUAAUUUUGAUAGAUAUUAGAUAUAUGAUAAUUAAAAUUAUCGUUCGUUAGAUACGUAAUUUUUUUAAGAUAUAAAUUUAUUAGCAUUAGCAAAUUAUUAUUUUAAUAAAAAUGACAGAUAUUUUAUAUAUAUUUUAUGUGCUCUAAUAAAGAUAUUUCAAAAUAAAUCGAGGAUUUUUAAAAAAAGAUUUAAGAGGAUUACUUUGAUCGUAUAUUAUAUAUGUAUUAAAACGGAACAGAGGAUGAUGUAUAGAAUGUUUUUUGUAAGAACAAAAUAAUAGAAUGACAAAAUAUGUUAUGCAGUUAAUAAUCUUUCACUUACAUAUCAUAUUAUAAUCCUACAAAAUGUUAAACUAUAUUUUGGGAAUACUGGAUACAUAUAAACAUUUAUUAGCGUCUUCAAACAAUAUCUCGUAAUUUUUACAUUCUUUAUUGAAAAUUCCGCAAAAUACAAAAUGCAAAUAAACUUGGAACAUUAUUAUUUUUUUAUUAUUAGCGUAAGUGUAUAGUAAAUUUUAAUAAAGCUUUAAAGAUGCUGGUAAUAUAAGUUAUUUGGUUACAUACAGUAUUUUUGUAUACAGUAUAAAAAAAAAUUAAAAAGAGCAAAAAUAAGAUACAGUAUAAUAAAGAGCGAAGAAACAAAAUUAAAUCUCAUUGUUGUAUUAGUAUCAAUUACAACAUUUUGUAUUAUUUGCUUAUUUUAUAUUUUAGUACAUAUAUCUCCCCCUCUAUUGUGCCUUUAGAUUAGAAAAUUUAAAUUAUAUUUAGAAAUUAUUUUAUAUGUGCUUGACGUGUUAAUUGUGUAAGUAAGUCUAAAAAAAACAUAGCUUAACAUCAAUCAUAAAUAAUAUGGCAUGUUAAAAUAAAAUUGUUUUUUAUUAACAA